GGAGCGUUUGAAGAUAAGAUAACUGUCCGGGACACGUUUGUGUCUUUUGCACGAAACAUCAAAGUUUGUUGUUAGGCUUACAAAAAUCAUUUUCCUAUUGAGUUUUACGUGCACAGGUUAUAGUGUAAUUAUAUGAAAAAUGAUUAAAAUCUGGCCAGUUAAAUUCAGUGUCGUGUAUGUGCUUUUUGUGUACUGUGCCAUUAGCAAAUUUAUCAUUGCUCAUGAGUCACGCAUUGUCGGGGGCAGUACAGUAAAGGAAAUGGAAAUAAAGUAUCAGGUGUCUAUACGAUCAAAAUUAUCUGAUCAGAGCGCCUUUGGUAGAGGCCACAUUUGCGGUGGAAGUUUGAUCACUACUAAUACUGUUUUGACAGCUGCUCACUGUUUAGUGGAUUCAAGAGACUUUGCACGACUAGCUAGCUAUUUUCGUGUUGUAGGAGGCAGUAUUUAUCGGAACAUCCAAACAGAAAAUACUUUCAUUUCUGAUGUUAAAAAAAUUGUAAUUCAUAACAAGUAUAACUCAAAAGGAUUUCUCAACGACGUAGGCGUGAUGCUGUUGAUGAAUACCGUUGGCAAAAAUCAUCCGACUCUACAACCUGUAGCAACUACCGUUAAUGUUCCUUUGAAUGGUACUCGCUGUAUAGCGAGUGGUUGGGGAAGUAUAUAUUUCGAUGGUCCGUCAACUGAUAUAUUGAAAGCGAUUAAUAUAUCUGUAAUAUCCAAAGAGCAAUGUAACAGUGCUUCGAGUUACGCAGGUUCUAUUGUUCAAGGUAUGAUCUGUGCCGGAAAUAUGUCAGGAGGUGAAGAUGCAUGUCAAGGUGACUCUGGUGGACCACUUGUUUGCAAUGGACUUCUCGCAGGUAUAGUUUCACAUGGUGUUGAUUGUGCGCGUCCUGGUUUUCCUGGUGUAUAUAGCGAUGUUGCCUACUAUCGUGACUGGAUUCAAAAAAAUGAUUCUUCUGUGAUUCAAAUUUCCAUGUUCACAACAUUUUUAAGAAUAUUUUAUAUUGCAAUGUUAUGUAUAGUCAGUUACAAUCUUUACACAUAAAUAAGGGUUUUUAGAAUGGUCCUUUAAAUGUCACAAAUUAAGCUUAAACGACUGUUAAACAGAAUGUCUAUAUACAAAAGAAAACACUAGUUUCAGAUCUUCACUGAUUUGGUUAUGUCCUUUCGUUAUCCUCGAGACAAAAAGUCCAUAUAAAAAAAAAAUCAGAGCUUUAUAUAUUUACUAUUUAGAAGGCGUCCCUUCGAUAUCCCCGGACAUAAGGCCUCAUUGUGAAAGCCAAACGUCUUCUCAAACGUCGGUAAAAUGUCAUUUUGGUAUUAUAACUUUCCAUUUGGCCAUCCGCUUGGCUCAAUCAGACGUUUAAAAAUCGAUGACGGAUGCUUCUCACACGGAAAGAUAUUUUUUUACCUUCUAAGCGUUAGACUCGUUUUUUCCACCAUGUUCAACGGAAAGUUGAAUUAUCGCUGGUUGAAAUAUUUUUGGGUUAAAAUCAACAAAAAUGUGUUAUGACAUCAACUGCUAAGAAAUUUUAAUGUCUUUAAUUGUGUAAUUUCCAGGAGCCAGUCAAAAGUAACAAUUAAAUUAGCACAGUAAAAGAACAUAUUCUUUUAAAAUUAAAUACUUGCAUAUUAAACUAGACUUCUUUCUUGUUCUUCUCUGGCUACAAAGAUCAUUAUUAAGAUAUUUAACAGGGUGAAAAGGGGACAUAAUGACACAACGCAGGAAAAAAUCAACGAAGCUUUCGUUGACACUAACGGGUAACCAUAAUCAAAAUUGUGUUAAGUCGGGUUUUAGAACACCGUAUAAUGUCUAUAUAAAAAAAAUAAAGAUUCAGUAGAUGGCGUUUAAAAUACCAUCGAAAAGC